CACCAACACCACAGUCCAAAAAAACUCAAUGAAACACGUUCCAAAUUAUUAUCAUAAUCUAAUAAUUAAAUAUAAUAUACAGAAGCUACUAGAAUAUAUCAAGAACAACUCUUGAAAAGUGGUAAACUUUUACAAUGUCUAUAUAAAGGGAGCUCUAUCUUCAACUUAUUCUCAUCCCCAUUGAUGCGAGUUGCUUCUCAUAUAUAAUAUAUACAGUGAGUGAUAUAUACUCAUAGACACAAAAGAGAUCGAGAAACAAGAAGUGCAUUUCGUAGACCAAACGCACAUUGAGUUUAGCAAAAUGGCCAGCCACAAAGUGAUUAUUGGUGUUGCAUUCUUGAUCUUGCUCCUUGUGGAUGUUUCCCUUGCUGCAAGAUCUUUAAAGGGAACUAAAGGUGGUGGUGGUGGAGGUGGUGGUGGUGAAGGUGGAGGAGGUGGCGGCGGCGGUGCUUCGGGCAUUAGCGGUUAUGGUUCGGGCUAUGGCUCGGGGUAUGGCUCCGGAAGUGGUGCGGGUUAUGGUGGUGCAGGUGGGGGAGGGUAUGGUAAAGGAGGGGGAGGAGGUGGAGGUGGAGGUGGUGGAUCCGGGUCGGGUGGUGGUAACGGCGGGUCCGGAUAUGGUUCUGGAUAUGGAUCUGGAAGCGGGUACGGAUAUGGGUCGGGUAGUGGGAAUGGAAGUGGUGGAGGAGGUGGAGGUGGCAGAGGCGGCGGAGGAGGUGGAGGUGGAGGCUCAGGAUCAGGAAGUGGAAGUGGGUCGGGUUAUGGGUCGGGAUAUGGAAGUGGUAGUGGAUAUGGAAGCGGAAGUGGUAACGGUGGAGGCAGCGGCGGAGGUGGAGGAGGCGGCGGCGGCGGAGGUGGUGGUGGCGGUGGCAGUGGCUCUGGAAGUGGAUCAGGAUAUGGUAGUGGUUCGGGUUAUGGAUCGGGCUAUGGAUCAGGAUAUGGGGAAGGAGGAGGAGGAAAUGAAUUUUCACCAUGAACAUGAACAUGUACAACCAUUUUUACUUGUUUUAGAUGGCAUUCUGAUAGUGUGUUUAGGAUUUGUUAACAUGAAAUAAGUUGCAGCCAUGUCCCCAUCGCCUUAUAUUAUUGAGCGAAUAUGUAGGUGGGAUUUGUGUACGUAGCAAAUUAUUUAAUUAAGUAUGCGUCAUGAAUGUUGUGUUUGGUAUUGUGUCGCAUAUUGCAAACUAUAUAUAUUUACUUGUGUUUGAUACAAGUAAAAAAGGCAAAACGUUUAUGUUUGUAACUUUCAAAUUUUAAGCAUACGUGCUUUUUCUCUUUUAUGUCAUGGACAUGAAAAUUUAAA